UUCUCAGUUACCGACAAGACAAAAACCUCAACAACACAAAAGCCACGCUCUCCACUCUUCUAUUCAGGUACUAAAAUCAUCCUCGGCUCAUUAUCAUCCCAGUCGCAUAAUAAAACCAUAGUCAUACCUAAAUUUUCAGCAUUUGCAGGUUAAGGAAGAACGGAAGGGAGCAGAACAGUUCGAUUUGGGCAGCUUGGGCUCUAAAGUUCUAAGCUUCUCGACUACUGAAUCAUAAUUUAAAGAAUUUUGUUCUUGCCCUUCUAGUAUGGCGACUUGUUUGUCUCCACCUUUCACGCCAUCUGGUACUCAAAUUUCAGUGGGACGAAGGAUUUCAACAGAAAACCGAAUUGGUAAAACAGUUACCUUCAAAAGGUUUGACAAGAAGAAUGGUUCAUGUGGUGCAUAUGAAAGGAAUGUCUUCAGUAUCCCACAGAUUAGAUGUUCGGUUAACUCUCACAAUAUCAGCCCAAAUCAUAGCAAAGACUCUUUCCUGGAUUUGCACCCCGAGGUUUCAAUGCUCAGAAGUGAUGCAAAUGACACGUACUAUUGUCUGAGAAAGGAGACAUCUGGAGUAAAUGUCACUGAGAGCUCAGGGGAUUCCUCUUUUAUGAGCAACUACAAUGAAGCCAAGAUCAAGGUUAUUGGUGUCGGGGGUGGUGGGUCUAACGCUGUUAAUAGAAUGAUUGAGAGUUCCCUGACCGGGGUGGAUUUUUGGAUAAUGAACACAGAUAUUCAGGCAAUGAAGAUGUCACCAGUGCUCCUAAAGAACCGUUUGCAAGUUGGCAAAGAGCUAACUAGAGGUCUGGGUGCUGGUGGAAAUCCAGAUGUGGGGAUGAAUGCUGCCAAUGAAAGUAAAGCAGCAAUAGAGGAGGCACUUUAUGGUGCAGACAUGGUCUUCAUAACAGCUGGGAUGGGUGGAGGAACUGGCACUGGUGGGGCUCCAGUGAUUGCUAGUGUUGCAAAGUCCAUGGGAAUAUUGACUGUUGGUAUUGUUACAACACCAUUCUCCUUUGAGGGUCGAAGACGUGCUGUUCAAGCUCAGGAGGGAAUUGCUGCUCUGAGAAACAAUGUUGACACAUUAAUUGUUAUUCCUAAUGACAAGUUACUGACUGCUGUUUCUCUAUCAACCCCAGUGACAGAGGCAUUUAACUUGGCUGAUGAUAUACUUUGGCAAGGUGUUCGUGGCAUCUCUGACAUCAUUACGGUGCCAGGUCUGGUGAAUGUAGAUUUUGCUGAUGUUCGAGCUAUUAUGAAAGAUGCAGGUUCUUCUCUUUUGGGAAUAGGAACUGCUACCGCAGGGAAGGCAAGGGCAAGAGACGCCGCAUUGAAUGCCAUCCAAUCACCUCUGUUGGAUAUUGGCAUUGAACGAGCCACUGGGAUUGUGUGGAAUAUAACUGGUGGAACCGAUUUAACUUUGUUUGAGGUGAAUGCUGCUGCAGAGGUUAUAUAUGACCUCGUGGAUCCAUCUGCAAACCUAAUAUUUGGAGCCGUGAUAGAUCCAUCACUAACUGGUCAAGUUAACAUAACCCUGAUUGCCACUGGAUUCAGUCGUCGCGACGAAGGUGAAGGAAAGGGGACUCAGCGUGCUCAUGGUGAUGUUUCUCUUGGAAUAAACAGACGUCCAUCUUACGCUGAAGGAGGCUCUGUGGAGAUUCCUGAGUUCUUGAGGAAGAAGGGCCGCUCUCUCUUCCCACGAAUAUGAACUCUUUUGCUCGUUUAUAUCCUUGUAUUGAGAAAUGUAUAUUCUGCUUUCUCUUUGUUUUUGUUUUUAUUUUCUAAGAUAUUCUCCUCAAGCCCUUUAGAGUUGAGUGGAAUACCAGAGAUUCCCUCUGGAAAUAAUUUCUUCUAAAAAUAUAUAAUAUAUGUUUUUUUUUUAA